CUGGGUCGCGUUCACACGAGGAGGGCUUCCAGCAAUCCAGUUUUAACACUGCGGCUUGGAGGAGCUCGAGGUUUUUGCGAGCCGCGCGUAUUGCUCGUGCUUGGCUAUGGCGCCCUUGGCUUGCGUGUGGACGAGCGUGCUAGGGAUUCGCGGCAGGAGCCGGAGCGCAUGGAAUCGGAGGAGCUGAGCGCUGGAUCUGUCGAAAUUUCCAGGAGAAGGGACAAGUGGAAGGGGGAUUGCGCGCUACAGCAGAGAAAUAUCAUCGAGCACGGAAAGCCAAUGGCUGAGGUGAUGUGAGGUCACUCACACACAGUCCAUAGGUAGCGCCAUGGAAAGAUCCAACGGAACAACAGGCCAUGGCUACCUCUUUGCAAUGCUGCUGGCCUGUGGAGCACUCCUUAUGCUACUGGAGAUCGCCAGCGCCGACGACGUUUCCUCGCUACUGGCCUUCAGGAGUGCUGUGGAUCCGGGCAACCAGCUGAGGAGCUGGAACAGGAACACGAAUGUGUGCCAGUGGACAGGGAUCAAAUGCUCGAAUGGCACCACAGGUCGGGUGAGAGAGCUGCGAGUUCCUGGAUCCAGCCUCUCUGGGACGAUUCCAAAUGGAUCAAUUGGUGGCGUGGAGGAGCUCCGGGUGAUAAGUCUCAGGAUGAACAGGCUCUCCGGUCCAUUCCCCGCGGAUUUUCUCAGGCUGAGGCAGCUCAGGAGCAUGUUUCUCCAGAACAACAACUUUUCGGGGCCACUCCCCAGGGAUUUCUCGGUGUGGCCUAGCUUAGUGAGAUUGGACGUGGCCUUCAACCAUUUCGACGGGCAGAUACCAGUGUCACUAAACAACCUCAGUCGGCUGGCGACUCUCUACGCGCAGAACAAUUCUUUUACGGGUGGUCUCGCCGGUCUCAACUUGCCCAGGCUCAAGCAAUUCAGCGUCGCAAACAACCAGCUCAAUGGUAGCGUUCCUGCCGCUUUGCAAGCCUUUGGAAGCGAUGCAUUUGGUGGUAACCAGAUUUGUGGGCCUCCGCUGGCCGAGGAUUGUGUUUCCUCGGCGCCACCUUCGCCAGCCCCGUCUUCAACUUCUCCAACAACGACGAACACGCCGGGAAGGAAGCACAAGAAGGGCCUUAGCACUGGUGCGAUCGUCGGGAUCGUCGUGGGAAGUGUAGUCGGCGCAUUGCUGCUACUGCUUCUACUCUUCUUCCUGUGCUGCAGAAGGAAGGGUGGCUCUCCCAAGGCUGCUGACAGAUCUAUCGAAGCCAAGGGUGAGGAGGUGAAGGAUCCGGAUCGUUCGGUUUUCGCACAGGGUGAACCGGAGAAGAGCAAGCUGAUCUUCUCCGAGGGCGCACCUUACAAGUUCGACUUGGAAGAUCUCCUGCGUGCUUCUGCCGAGGUCUUGGGUAAAGGAAGCGUUGGUACAGCUUACAAGGCAGUGCUGGAAGAUGGAUCGGUCGUUGCGGUGAAGAGGUUGAAGGACGUUUCAAUUUCGGGCAGGGAAUUCGAGCAGCAGAUCCAGACGAUUGGCAGGCUUCAGCAUCCGAAUCUGGUGCCACUCCGAGCGUAUUAUUUUUCAAAGGAUGAAAAGCUACUGGUCUACGACUACAUGCCAAUGGGGAGUUUGUCUGCUCUUCUACACGGAAGUCGUGGAGCUGGACGUACUCCAUUGGACUGGGUCUCGCGCGUCCGCAUCGCCCUGGGAGCAGCACGCGGGAUCACGUACCUCCACGAGCAGGGUGGCAGCAACUUCGUCCACGGAAAUAUCAAGUCUUCCAACAUCCUCCUCAAGAAGAACUACGAUGCUGCCGUGUCCGACUUCGGCCUUGCGCAGCUAUUCAACUCCAGCUCCGCGGCCUCGAGAAUCGUGGGCUACAGAGCCCCCGAAGUUGCCGAGACGAGGAAGUCGACGCAGCGCUCCGACGUCUACAGCUUCGGGGUGCUCCUCCUGGAACUGCUGACCGGCAAGGCUCCCACGCAGGCCUCCCUCAACGACGAGGGGAUCGACUUGCCGCGCUGGGUCCAGUCGGUGGUGCGCGAGGAAUGGACCGCCGAGGUGUUCGACUUGGAGCUAAUGCGGUACCAGAACAUCGAGGAGGAGAUGGUCCAGUUGCUCCAGGUGGCGAUGGCGUGCGUGGCGACAUCGCCGGACCAGCGUCCCAAGAUGAAGGACGUGGUGAGAAUGAUCGAGGACAUCAGGGCCGUGGACACGGACGACGGCUCCAGAUUGCCGUCUGAUAAAUCCGAGGAGAAGUCCAAUGGCCACACUUCUCCAUACUCGCACACGCCAGGAUCGGACGCCUCGCAGGAUACUCCGCCCAAGCAGCAGCCACUGCCGCCACAGCAACAACAGCAACAGCCUUAGAGCAGCAAGAAAGAUCAAAGGGAGGUACUUUAUUUUCUCUCAUCAUCCAUCCAUCCAGGAACCAGGAAGAACAUCCCCAGCAGGAAGAACAUCAGGAGCAGCAGGAGCAGCAGCAGCAGCUUGGAUUGUAACAGAAACAAAAUUCAGCAGCUGCAGCAGCAGCAGCAGGAGGAGGUAUUAAAAGUUUUCAUUUUCAUUUUGGCUCUUUUUCUUUUUCUCUUUCGCCCUCCAUCUUUUUGUGUGUAUUCUUUCAUUGAGUGAGUUCCACUUUGUGCAAAAUAAGCUAUUUAUAAUUCCUUCA